AUGUCUGAAGUACAGGGAACACUGGAGUUUUCUGUAGAGCUGCACAAGUUUCACAAUGUGGAUCUCUUUCAAAGGGGGUUCUACCAGGUACGAGCAGGGCUGAAGGUCUCGCCUCGGGUGCCCCACAGGCUGAUAGCGACAACACAAGACAAUACAGGAGAAUGCAGCUUCACCUCUGCAGGGGUCUACGACGGCACCGUGUUCAGCCGGAUAUUUCAGAUCCUUUACAGAAAUGAGGAGAUUACGGUGAAUGACUGUAUGAUCUUCAAAGUCCACCUGCUAUUGGACGGAGAAAGGGUGGAGGAAGCCUUGAGUGAAGUGGACUUUCAGUUGAAGCUGGAUCUUCAUUUCACAGACAAUGAGCAACAGCUGGCAGAGAUAGCGACUGUCCCGCUGAUCAGCAGUCGGACCCUCAGCCUCCACUUCCACCCGCGGAGAGGCCUCCACCACCACGUCCCUGUCAUGUUCGACUACUUCCACCUGUCCGUCAUUUCUGUCUCCAUACAUGCUUCACUGGUUGCCUUACAUCAGCCACUGAUCAGCUUUGCACGUACGGGGAAGGGCUCCUGGCUGGGGAAGGGCUCGCCGGAGAGCGCCGGCGACCCAUCUGCCAUGUCUGUGGAGAACCUUGUGUUCGGGGCGGGCUACUGCAAGCCUGUCAUCUCCGAGGGAAGCUUUUAUGUGCCCAGUGAAAACUGCCUGCAGAGAGCUCAUACGUGGCACCGAAGGCUCUGUCGCCUCCUGUCGGUCGCACACAGAGGCCUGCACUCCUACUACACUGCACUGAGGAAGGAAAUCCCACAGCUCCAGCAGACCUCGCUAGACUCAGAGGUGCUGCCUGUGGAGGAAACUCUGAAUCAGCUCACAAUAGAGUUACAGCUGCAGGAAGGCCACGAGAAGGUGGCGGAGCAGAUCAGCAGGGACGUGAGCCAGCUCUGCUCCCAGCUGGCUGCUCUGUGGAGCCGCUUCCUGGAGGCCGCUGUGCUCAACCCCCACAUCCUGUCCUACCUGGCCCAGGAGCACCACACGCUCAGGGUCAGGAGGUUUUCAGAGGCGUACUUCUUCACCGAACACCCCAAAGAGAUAUCUCUGACUUUUCAGGAGGAACUAAUCAACAGACAUGGCCAGAUAGCUGCAGAAGUGCGGAGCUCAGACUACCUGACCAAGAUGCCUCCUUUACCUGUCGAGUGCCUGGACAUUGAUGGAGACUGGAACAGCCUGCCCAUCAUCUUUGAAGACAGAUAUGUGGAGUGUCCACAAACAGAGUGGGUAUCACAUGUGCCAAUCACUGAUGGGCAGACCAACUCAGAUCCUGCCAUCACUCCUCCCACUGGGAUUUUUGAAAGCGUCCAGGGAGCCAGAUCACCAGCAAUACCCCUGGAUCCCCUGGAUAGUGAUGACUGUAUGGACCUGCCCACAUAUGUCUCGCUCAUAGCAGAGCAGAGUAAGACCAGCGCCAACAUCAGAAGUACCCACAACCUCAUUCGGACUGAGGACGGCGCCGGACCCUCUCUAGCAGAGGCAGUAAACUUGAAGGCACCAGUGGAAAAGCAAUGCCAGGUUGAAGAGAACUGCAAUUCUGGUUUGACGCACAUCACAGUUGAGCCUUGUGAUGUGGAUCCAGAUAGAGGAGUAGAAGUCCCGGUUCUUUCCUCCAACCACAAUUCCCUCAUUUCCUCUAAUAAGAGCAGUGAUGGGUCCCCUGCUCAUCAUGUAACAGAAAGUACCAUCCAACUUCAUGAUGCCACAAACGACAGCAAUGUAAGUGAAAACAAUGAGGAGGAAUCUGAUAUUGCCAUGCCAUUAAAUCACUCCAUGGAUGAUGAGAGUGAGGAUGUCCCUCUCAUCAGCCUACCCACUGCCUAUGCGCAUCCAGGUAUGCCUUCCUUUCCCGGUGAUCUCAGAAAAGAGAUGACUCACCGCGGAGGUCUGGCCGGCUCCAAGAUCAUGAAGCGCUCGUCCUCUGUUAUUUCCGACUCAGGUAUUGAGAGUGAGCCCAGCUCGGUGGCCUGGCCCUUAGAAGCUGCACUGCGAGGCCGACCUCCUCUGGACUUCUCCAGCGAACGGGAGAUUCCCCAGCAGAUAGUGUGUCGCCACCCGGUCCACCGCAGCUCUCUGGAGGGUCUGCAGAUGGAGAGCAACGGCAGCCUUCCAAGUGCAGGCAUACAGGCCUCGCUCACCUCUAUUAGCUCUCUGCCCUACGAGGAGGACCAGCAGCAGAGGCAGCUCAGCAAACUGACCAAGUCCGUCUCUGCACCGCAGAUUAGUAGCCCUGAAGACACUGAGGAGGACCAUGUGUUGCUCAACCAGGAAACAGACACUAAGAGCUCAGUGCAGCACCAGGAUUCAUUCAAGAUCAACUGCUCUUCAUUGAACAGCAACCUGGAUUCUGAGCAGUCUGAAUCGUCUCAAUUAGAUCCGAGUUUAACAACAAAUCUUGGCCAUAUUCUCAAGGAUAAUACAAACUCUGAAAAGUCAAACUUUCCACAGUACCUGUCAGAGACAUGCAGAACCAAGUCAGUGUUAAGUGGCUUGUCUGAAGUCUUGCUUUUACAAGAGUCUGUCGAAAGCCCUCAUGUGAAGGAAAGCUCUGUUAUUGGCAGCCAGGGGGAGAAUGUGAACCAUCAAACACACAUCAGUGGAGUAAGCGCCUCAGUGGACGAUGUGCAUCUCGUUGAAAUGGAAGCGGCGCCCUGCAGCUGUGGAAGCAAACCAUGUGUGUAUAAAAGCGCAGCGGAUCAGGAGAGAAUUAACACCGGAGAUGAGUGCCAAAGUUUCCAUCAGGCCGAACGGCUUACUGCUGAAGACCAGGAGCGUCUGGAUCCCUCCCAAACACCUGUAGAGCCUUCAGGGCUUCAACACUCCAGUGACCUGCCCAACAAUGCCACCACCACACAGAGGCCGAGCGACCUUGCAGGGCUGAUAGUCAAUGAUGUCACAUCACCUGUUGACCUCAACGGCAUAUCAGCCAGCGAGAAAGACCCUUUAGACUGCCAGACUAAGUCCUCUAAGAUCCCCAACUCAGGGCUGGCCUUCGUGAAUAAGAAGAUGGUGGAGGUGGUGAAUAUGUCUGUGUCCUGUGCGCCGACCUGCCUGCCCUUUUCUUCCGUUCUGAGAGACUCUCCGUCCAUCGGUGGAAUGUCCGCUCGCCAGGCUACCUCACCUAUCACCCAUCAGCCGCUGGGCUCCUUCGGUAUCAUCUCCUCGUCUUCGCUCAAUCUCCUGAACAUGGAUGACGAGACCAAUGAACGGAUGCUGAAUUUCUACAAAGCCAAAGAGGAGCUGUUCAAAGAGCUGAGCUUUCAGGCCAGCUUGUACAGCGACCUUCCUCUCCUGGCAUCAGAUCUGCCCUACUUCCCCCCCGAGGAGGACGAUGAGGAGUUUGAUGACGGCAUACACCUUGUUGUGUGUGUCCACGGGCUUGAUGGAAACAGCGCAGACCUUCGGCUGGUGAAGACUUUUAUUGAGUUAGGGCUGCCAGGAUCCAGGCUGGACUUCCUCAUGUCUGAGAGGAACCAGACCGACACGUUUGCAGAUUUCGACACCAUGACAGACAGGUUGCUGGAUGAGAUCAUUCAGCAUAUCCAGCUCUACAACCUCACCAUCGGCAGGAUAAGCUUCAUCGGCCACUCUCUGGGGAACAUCAUCAUCCGCUCAGUGCUGACGAGGCCUCGCUUCCGCUGCUAUCUGCCCAAGCUGCACACUUUCCUCUCGCUGUCAGGCCCACACUUGGGAACGCUGUACAACAACAGCACGUUGGUCAGCACAGGUCUGUGGUUAAUGCAGAAGCUGAAGAAAUCAGGAUCCCUGCUGCAGCUCACCUUCAGAGAUCACGCUGAUCCACGGAAAACAUUCCUUUAUCAUCUGAGUCAGAAACCAGGGCUGCAGUUCUUCAAGAACGUGGUGUUGGUGGCGUCUCCACAGGACCGUUAUGUUCCUUUCCACUCGGCUAGAAUAGAGAUGUGCAAAACUGCUCUUAAAGACAGGACCACAGGGCCUGUGUACACUGAGAUGAUCAACAACCUCCUGCAGCCACUCGUGGAGGCUAAAGAGUGUCGACUCAUUCGCCAGAACGUGUUCCACGCUCUGCCCAACACGGCCAACACCCUGAUCGGCCGCGCCGCCCACAUCGCCGUCUUGGACUCCGAGCUUUUCCUGGAGAAGUUUUUCUUAGUGGCAGGGCUGAACUACUUCAAAUAA